GUUCCUGCGUCUGCGCGCGGCCUGGCCGCCGGGGGUCGCCCGCGGGUUCCCGGGCGUCGCUGACUUCUUCCCCCGUUCCGACGUCGCAGGCGCCCGUGGCUGUGCGGGUUCAAAUCUUUGCUGAACGCAUCAUCACAAUGAGGCUUGUAAUUCUUGAUAACUAUGACUUGGCCAGCGAGUGGGCAGCCAAAUACAUCUGUAAUCGUAUCAUCCAGUUCAGACCUGGACAGGACAGGUACUUCACACUGGGCUUACCCACAGGAAGUACACCUUUAGGAUGUUAUAAAAAACUAAUAGAGUAUCACAAAAGUGGAAACCUUUCUUUUAAAUAUGUGAAGACAUUUAAUAUGGAUGAAUAUGUAGGACUCCCAAGAAAUCAUCCUGAAAGCUACCAUUCUUAUAUGUGGAAUAACUUUUUUAAGCAUAUUGACAUAGAUCCUCAUAAUGCUCAUAUCCUUGAUGGGAAUGCUACAGAUUUACAAGCAGAAUGUGAUGCAUUCGAAAAGAAAAUAAAAGAAGCUGGAGGGAUAGAUCUCUUUGUUGGAGGAAUAGGUCCUGAUGGCCAUAUUGCUUUCAAUGAGCCAGGAUCCAGUUUAGUAUCAAGGACAAGAUUAAAAACUCUAGCCAUGGACACCAUUUUGGCAAAUGCUAAAUAUUUUGAUGGUGAUUUAUCAAAAGUGCCAACUAUGGCUCUAACUGUUGGUGUGGGCACAGUGAUGGAUGCUAGAGAGGUGAUGAUUCUCAUAACAGGUGCACACAAGGCCUUUGCCCUGUACAAAGCAAUUGAGGAAGGUGUCAAUCACAUGUGGACUGUCUCCGCUUUCCAGCAGCAUCCACGAACUAUUUUUGUAUGUGAUGAAGAUGCUACUUUAGAGCUAAGAGUUAAAACUGUCAAGUACUUUAAAGCCUCACCUCAACCCUCCUUGUUUGAGAUGUGUCUCCACCUACCUACCACUUGUAAGCCUCUUAAUGUCCAUCCCAAUUAAAGCUACUACUACAACAGCUGAGUUAAGCAGGAGUUUUGUUGCACAGACAUCAGAAUGUUGACUUUAUUUUUCCUCGUGGUCUAGUUUAUGAAUACUUAAACCCUACUGUGGUGCUGCAUUGUCUGUAGAAAAAAUACAGAGGUUUGACAUGGGUGCUUUAGGAGGUAGGCAAGGGACAUUUUGACAAAACUGUGUAAGAUUCUAUUCUGUGAUGGACUGAGCUCCAUAAGCAAGGUCAAAUGUGUAAGCCGUGUAAAGAGGUACUUGUUUAGAGCAGCUGCAUUUAUGUGACUGGUGCUGAAAAGUAGCUGGUCAUAGAGACAGAUCAAGAAUGUAUAUACUUCUGUUACAUGGGUAAAUGGUAAUCUUUUAUUGUAAUAACUGUGCUUAAUAGGUACUAGAAAAAUGUAAACAAAUCAAACCUGUAUUUCAUGAAUGCCAUUGUGUAAAAUAAAGUUAAGGAAAUUACCAUACUUUUUUGCUUCUAAGACACAAUGAACCUGACAUUGAGAUGUGUCUUAAAGUUGGUGUCAUAUCAUAACUUAUUUGGUGUUAUUUUUCUUAGUGACUUAACAGUAAUUCCCUUAGAGAAAACCAGUUACAGUCAUAUAAAUGUAUAUGGCAAAAGUCUUCAAGGUGUUAUACAGAUGAAUGAAGUGUGGUAGGCACUAAAAAUAACCUUAUUUAUUUAUUUUUCUUUAGUUUUUCGAGGUAGGGUCUCACUCUAGCCCAGGCUGACUUGGAAUUAACUAUGUAGUCUCAAGGUGGCCUCAAACUC